AUGAUAGGAAGAAACCAAUCUAUCAUCUCAGAAUUCCUCCUCCUGGGCCUGCCCAUCCAGCCAGAACACCAAAACCUAUUCUAUGCCUUAUUCCUGGCCAUGUAUCUUAUCACUGUCCUGGGGAACUUCCUCAUCAUCGUCCUCAUUCGCCUGGACUCCCAUCUGCAUACACCCAUGUAUAUUUUUCUCAGCAACUUGUCCUUCUCUGAUCUCUGCUUUUCCUCUGUCACAAUGCCCAAAUUGCUACGGAACAUGCAGAGUCAAAUUCUAUCCAUCUCCUAUGCAGGCUGCCUGACCCAAAUGUACUUCUUUCUGUUUUUUGCAGACCUGGAAAGCUUCCUUCUAGUGGCCAUGGCCUAUGAUCGCUAUGUGGCCAUCUGCUUUCCCCUCCACUAUACUACCAUCAUGAGCCCCAAGCUCUGUCUCUUCCUGGUGCUGCUGUCCUGGGUGCUGACCAUGUUCCAUGCCAUGCUCCAUACCCUGCUUAUGGCCAGAUUGUGUUUCUGUGCAGAGAAUGUGAUUCCCCAUUUUUUCUGUGAUAUGUCUGCCCUUCUGAAGCUGUCCUGCUCUGACACUCAUGUCAAUGAGUUGGUGAUAUUCAUCACAGCAGGCCUCAUUCUUCUCAUUCCAUUUGUCCUCAUUCUUCUUUCCUAUGGGCGCAUCGUGUCCUCCAUUCUCAAGGUUCCUUCUGCUCGAGGUAUCCAUAAGGCCUUCUCCACCUGUGGCUCCCAUUUGUCUGUGGUGUCUCUGUUCUAUGGGACAGUCAUUGGACUCUACUUAUGUCCAUCAGCUAAUAAUUCUACUGUGAAAGAUACUGUCAUGGCUCUGAUGUACACGGUGGUGACUCCCAUGCUGAACCCCUUCAUCUACAGCUUGAGGAACAGAGACAUGAAGGGAGCAAUUGGAAGAAUCUUUAAGAGGAAAAUUAUCCUAGCAUGGUAA